AUGUUUUUUCUAUUGAAGAACUUCUAUAUAUCGACGCAAAUAAUACACUCAAUUGCUGAAGGACCGCUCAUCCGCGCAUCCCUAGAAAGAAAUAUAUGUUUGGAAGAGAAAGUGAUGUCUUUUCACGUCCAAAAAAUUGAGCCGGAAUUGGACUCCGACUCAUCUGACGGUCGUUUGGCGUCUUUGGAUGCGCUCAGGUUUGCCUUAAGCACAGCGCCGUUCUUCAGACGCGUUCACAACAUUGAGAGACUCGACUCAAAGACUUCCGGCGACUAUUGUUCGGCGCCCGACAAGUGUGCCAUUCAUGUGAGUAAUGUGUCGUUUGCUUACGACGAAGAACUGGUUCUCAAUGGACUCAGUCUUCAAGUGCCCAAAGGAAGGAUUUACGCCCUUUUGGGUGAGCGUUCGAGUUGUUGCGGAAAGUCGACUGUUUUGAAAUGUCUGAUCGGAAGACUGAAACCCAAAAGCGGUUUAAUUAACGUUUUCGGAACCAAUCCAACCGUCAAUCCGUUGCCGGGAAUCGGAGUCGGAUUUAUGCCUCAAAAGAUCGCUCUUUACGACGAGUUAACGAUCGACGAAACGCUUCAAUAUUACGGAUAUUUAAAUCAGGUUCCGAUGGCUCUCAUCUACCAAAGGGUCAAUUUUCUGCUCUCACUCUUCAAUCUUCCGGACGAAAACAGACUGAUAAGAGAUCUGACAGACAACCAUCGGUGGCGUAUUUCUCUGGCCGUUUCGCUCAUCCAUUCGCCGCCUCUUCUCCUUCUGGACGAACCGACAGCUAAUGUCGAUCCACUCAUAAGACUCUCCAUUUGGGAUCAUCUCAACAGUCUUUGCAGAGAAGAAGGUCUAACCGUUUUAAUUACCACUCAUUACAUGGAGGAAGCGGAAGGCGCCUACACCAUUGGACUCAUGAGGAAUGGACGGCUUCUGGCCGAAGACACUCCACAAGCGCUGUUCGUUAGAUUCAAUGCAAACACUUUCGACAAAUUGUAUUUAAAGUUGUGCCAAAUUGACGACGAAUUCACUCAUUUGAAUGCAAACUGCAAUACAAUGGAGUGCUCGACACUACCGAUGGCCGAAUGGCCGCUCUGUGAGCGCCGUUUGUGUGCCAUUAAUAAUGCGAUCAUUAAUUUCAAUUUUCUGCGAUUUUUCGCCUCAAUUAAGAAGAACUUAUUUGUGAUUCGUGGAAAUCUGGCGCUCAUGUUAUUCUUCUUCAUCUUUCCUUCUCUCCAAAUGGUGCUCUUUUGUUCAUCAAUUGGUCGACAAGUGAGACAAUUACCGAUCGCCACAUAUAGUGCCCCAAAUUCGGGUCAUUUAAGUCGACAACUGUUUCGCUCUUUUGACAAAUCUCUUGUAAAACAACACAAAUACUCGUCUCUCGACUCAGCGAUCGAAGCUGUGGUGAGAGGACAGGUCUGGACAGUUGUGGCCGUUUCCGACAACUUCUCCCGACUAAUCGAUUUGCGCUACAAUUGUAUCGCAAACAUAACCUCGCAAGAAAUGCUCGAAAGCAAUGUCAGACUUUAUACCGACAUUUCCAAUGCAUUCGUUAACCAAAUGCCGAGGCUCUCAGGCUGCAAGUACCUCAAGAACGCGCCCGGAUAUAUCGUGUCCAUUGUGUUUAUCUCUCCAAUGCUUUUGACCGCUUAUCUACUCAUCAAAGACCAAAUGAAUGGUCUUUUAGAGCGAUGUCUUUCAACGGGCACUUCAGGACUGGAAGUGCUUCUCUCGCACGCAAUCACUCAAUUGAAACUCUUGGCGAUUCAAGAGUUGCUCGUAUUUGUGGUCACUUUUGUUGUGUUCAAAGUGCCUCUGAGGGGACCAGUGAUGCCACUGUUAGUGUUGGUGUUUUUGCAGGGAGUGGUCGGCAUUUCGUUCGGUCUUCUCAUUGCUGCCAUUUCUCCCGAUGCCAUCUCUGCGAUGCUCUUGACGUACAGUUAUUCCGGGCGUUCUCUUGAGUGGCUUUUGAUGAAAAGUGUGAAAGACUUUUUGCCCACAAUUAGUGACAAAUAUUGGGCCAAAUAUUCGGCUCCCAUUGUCGUCAAGCAAUUGGUUUACGGCUCCGAGAGUCCGACGUUCAUGGAGUUCUUGUCGCCCGGAUAUAUCGUGUCCAUUGUGUUUAUCUCUCCAAUGCUUUUGACCGCUUAUCUACUCAUCAAAGACCAAAUGAAUGGUCUCUUAGAGCGAUGUCUUUCAACGGGCACUUCAGGACUGGAAGUGCUUCUCUCGCACGCAAUCACUCAAUUGAAACUCUUGGCGAUUCAAGAGUUACUCGUAUUUGUGGUCACUUUCGUUGUGUUCAAAGUGCCUCUAAGAGGACCAGUGAUGCCACUGUUAGUGUUGGUGUUUUUGCAGGGAGUGGUCGGCAUUUCGUUCGGUCUUCUCAUUGCUGCCAUCUCUCCCGAUGCCAUCUCUGCGAUGCUCUUGACGUCUGGUACAGUUAUUCCGGGCGUUCUCUUGAGUGGCAUCACGUGGCCAAUCGAGUCGAUGCCACGAGCGUUGAGGAUCUUUAGCAAAGCCCUUCCGUUGACUCUUCCCAUCGAGUCUUUGCGCUGUAUUAUCAGUCGUGGAGUGAAUGUGUAUUAUUUCAAAGUAUUGAUCGGAUUCCUCAUAUCCUCGCUCUACAGCAUUGUUAACACAAACUUCCUCCUGAGAACCAGUCUUUCAUUUUCACGUAAAUCACAAAAACUACAAUUCAAGGCAAUAUUGAUCGGAUUCCUCAUAUCCUCGCUCUACAGCAUUGUUAACACAAACUUCCUCCUGAGAACCAGUCUUUCAAGUUUUAUGGAUUUUUCAGUCCAUUUAAUUCCCGCAUAA